UAGCCUUUGAAAUUGAACGGCUCAAAAUAACUUCAUGUAGAAAAGUUAUUUCUAUGUCUUUGAAUGAAACAGGGCUGGUGUCAGACAUCGAAGACAAUAAUUUCUAAUUACAGGUCAUACUUCUGCUCGAACGAAAGAGAAUAAAACAUAGUAUCCCAGUGAGAUGUGUGUGUGUCUCCCUUCCGCAGAUGUCAAAUUCAACAACAGUGGCACAGUACAGAUUGCUGUAUUUCAACAUAAAAGGCAAGGCCCAGCUGAUCCGACUGCUGCUACACGACCAAGGCAUUGCAUUUAGCGAUGAGAUCGUUCUCAAGAAAGACUGGCUAGCCAUGAAACCUACGGCAAAUUUGGCAUUUGGCCAGCUACCAGCGUUCUGGGAUGGUGAUUUCCAUUUGGUUCAGACAGGGGCCAUACUGCGUUAUCUGAGUCGCAAACAUGGUACAUAUGGAUCCAGUGACACUGAAGCAUCUGUAAUUGAUAUGGCUUAUGACGGAAUUGAGGAUUUCUACCAACGUUAUAUUCGUAUGGUGUAUGAUGACUUUGAAAACGGCAAAGACAAAUUUUUGGCCAAGACAGCUCCAAGUCUGAUCCUUCCAACUUUACAGAAACUGCUCAUGAAAAACAAGAAUAAUAAAGGUUUUCUUGUCGGAGACAAGAUAUCCUUUGCGGAUUACCACCUGUUUCAGUUCCUGGAUGCCCUGAUGGGGCUCUCUGCCUCCGCUUGUCUGGAGGCAUUUCCAGCCCUGAAAGUCUACUAUGGAUGUAUCAAGGCCCGACCGGGAAUCAAUAAUUUCCUUGCCAGUGACCUAAACAGGAACCGCACUUUCAACUAUGUUGGCCAUUAGUAGAUUGACAACUGGUUAAAGCUUUGGCACGUCAGAUUUGACUUCUUCCUCUUUUACUUUACAUAACAGCAUUCUACUUAGUUUAUGUGGACGACCUUUAUAGGAACGGUCAUUAUCAUAAAAAUAGGGCUGGGAGGUUUAAGGGCCUAAAUUCCUUCAAAGCUUUGUCAUCAUUGCUACAUUGAAAUAAUCAAGAACCCAAAACUGGCAUUGAAAUUCAGUUCAAUGCAAUUUGCUUGCCUGAACACUUUAUUGCUGGAUUAUCUUGGGACCCAUUAAGCUUAUAAUGAUUUGUAUCUAUGUAUAGUAAACAUACACGUUUUGGCAACUUCAAAAAUUAACUUUAAAGAUUCUUUCACUUUACAUGUCUUUUUGGUGAAGGCUCAUAGACGCUUUACUUUUGCUAAAUGGUAUUUUUGUUUCUCAAAGUUUAACUUGUGGUAUUUUCUCUUUGCCUUUUCCAAUACAAAUUUUAUACACGUAUUCCCUUGGAAAAGUAUGUAGGCCUACAUUUCACUUGCAAUAUGUUGUUGGUUUACAGGCUAUUAUGAAUGAAAACUUACGUAGAAGAUUGACUAUAAAAACCAUCGCGCACAUUAAAUGGAUCUUUGCGUUAAUUGCUAAAAUUAUUUUAUCGCAUAAACGAUAAAAAGCCAUUACUCUCUGAAAACGCCCAAGGGCACGCUUUGGCUUUACUUGUUUUGUUGUCAUUUGGGCGCCGCCGUGAAUAAUCACGUGACUGGGCUGUAGCGUUUGGAUGCGCGAGUUGCCUGGAUACGAAGUGUCCUUAUGCAAAUUGAUUAAACUUUAGGCCAAUGAAAAUGCAGUUUUCAGCGUUCCUUUCGCGUUCCUUAUGGCAAAAGAAGCAAGUCUUACUCCUGGACAGCAGGUGCCAGCAGUUGCACCGAAAAAGUUUCACCGAAAAAAACAUUAUACCUUGUUUCUGCAUAAUCUGUAGGCCUACUGCAAUAUUCAUUUCUCGAUGGAUGUACUGCUGUAGCGUACAUAUUGAUACGCCGGACCCCUGAGGUGGCAGAUUUUGACUUAUUCCAUCGCGUUUCGGCCAAACGGACCUAACGCAAGGGGCAUCGCACAUCUGCAGAACUUCUACACGGGAAAGGCCAAUUUUGUUGGCCAUCUGCGGUAGGCCUAGUCUAGGCCUAGUGUGCUUCAUUAGGGCCUAUCGCCGUCGGAUUUACCCACUUCUACAGGCCUUGUUCGUCCUUGCCUUGGCAUCGGGCUGUUGACUUCUUUGUACUUGUAUACAGUUGCGGUGGAUUCUAUACAAGGGGGACUUCCUCCCCAGUGUUGAUCUGCAAGUCUGACUUUGUGAGUUCCAGAUGGAGCAAUCUAUGCGGCGACAUACAUUUUACACUGGACUUCUGCGACCUUUGGCUUAGGUUUUCAUGACAAUAUUAACUGUCUACGGUCGACCGGCCCAGCUAGAACCCCUGCACUCCAGUGUUGCUGCGGCAAGCACGGGCCAAGUCACGAUCGGGUCGGUUAGAUGCAUCUUCUCCCCUGCACGGGCCCAAGCCACGAGGACGGCCUAGUCGUACCAGUGCUCCAGCCGCUUCACGGACAUCCAAACCCGCCACCACCACAGUCGAUCAUAGCGAAAAACCCAGCCAAGGGACGGAGACAGUUCCUGAAUCACCGACGGCCGUUGGGGUUGGUGAGUUUCACCUUCGAUCUCACCCCCAGUAGGCCUACUCCUGGUUUAGCAGAGGCGACUGCUGCUAGGGCAACUCCUGUUAGGCCUAGACCGAGUUGUAGUACUAGCAAUAGUGGUAGUGCUAAUGGCAUCGGCGACAAAUCCAUCAAUACUAACUCUCCUCAAGGUCCAUUGCCCUUUCCGGUCGUUUCUCAACCGCCCUAAGCUAGCGCUAAUACUCGCCCUGCAGUUAGUACGGGUAGCAUUAUUGGCACUAAUAAUUCAGUUGUUUCACCGGGCAUAUGGUUCAACAGCAGGUCGGUUCGUGACGCUGGGUCACAGCUGAAUAUGCAAGAUGAUUUACUUCACCCUUGGCCUCUUUCGUCCUCCUUAGAGAGCUGGGAUCUUGAUAUUGAGAGGCCACCGCCGAUGCCAACUUUUCAUGUCUAUGCACCUGUGGGUUCGCACGUUCCUCUGCACACUUGGGGAAAAAAUUGGAGAAGGCAAUACGUUGAAAUAGCCACUCUAUACAGGGAAAAUUCCACGUCUGCAGUUCGCGACAAAGGCACCACCCUUACCGUGGCGGUUGAGGAAGGAAAAAUGCCUUUCACACACUCUUAUCACUUUUUGUGUGUGUUCAGCACCUAAACCGCACUUCGGAGUUGCUAAAAUGUGCAGACACAGUUCGGAUCGCAGCGCAACAGUUUCCAUUUGGCUGCCAUUUCGCCUUCGCCAAGAGGCCUUUCCAAAUCGAUCAUGGGAGGAAAAAGAUAUGGAGCUAUGUCUGGCGGACACUGCUGCCACUGGCAUUUCACCUGCAGCUUUCUCAGGGCAUGUGUCAAAGGCGGCGACGGGAAAUCAAAUCUACUUGGUAUUCAACGGAUCAACGGGCUGUCGAUGGCACCCAUGCAAAUUCCUGCAUCGUUGUAGCCGCUGUUCGAAAUUCAGCCAUGUUGCCCUGUUUUGCCGGUUUGGCUCUUCUUUUGCUCGUUCGCCACAAGUGGAUUAGACGCGGUCAAAGACGGGGUUUCCCCACAGUCAGCGACACCGCUUUGAAUGGUCGUUUGCAAGGUGGCCACUGGGCUAACACUAGCGCUGCAAACACCUCCACACAGAUUAGGCCCACUUCAUACGCUGGGUCCAGGACAUCUGUCAAGGCAAUGAAUAUCAGCUUUCGCACUCCCAACGCUAAAGCAGCCGUACUUCUUGAGACAAGUUUGACACAUGGGUUUCAAUUAGGUUUCAAGGGCCACGCCUUUCUCGGGAUUCGCAUUGUUAAGUUUCAGUAUAUCCGAAAGGCCAGACAUCACGCUCAAUAAGUUACAAAAAGAAAUUGGCAUAGGGCGGAUAGCCGGCCCAUUCGCGAACCAGCCUUUUUCUCAUCUUCAAUGUUCCCCUAUGGGUCUUGUCCCGAAUGAGUUUUGUCUUAUACACCACUUAUCCUUCCCACUCGGAAAGUUCAUCAAUGAUUUUAUUAGCCCAGACAAUUGUUCAGUAAACUAUGCCUCGUUUGAUUCGGCAGCAGAUUUAAUUAUGACGUUAGGUCCAGGGGCAUGGCUCGCCAAGUCGGACAUUAAGUCCGCGUUUCGCCUCCUUCCUGUUUCACAAUUGGAUUAUGAAUUGCUCGGCUUUCAAUUUCAGGGUCAAUUUUAUUUUUACAAGUGUUUGCCAAUGGGCUGCUCCAGUUCAUGUUGACCUUCAGCACCUUCAUAGAAUUUCAGGCAAAAAACACGUUGCGCGUGCAGCAGGUGUAACCCAUUACCUUGACGACUUCUUGUUUAUCGGUCGUACCCGCAAUGAAUGCGCCAAUUUUUCUGCUAACAUUUCGUGGCGUGUGCUCGGCAUUGGGUGUCUUAAUUGCGGAGGAAAAAACUGUGAAUUCAACACAAGUCAUUACUUACCUGGGUCUGGAGAUAGACAAAUACGGGUACCAAACGAAAAAGUCACUUCGCUUGCAUUUAGUCGACGCCCUUGGCUGAACUAAGCUCACGCUGCAACAACUGCAGUCAUUGCUUGGGUCACUUAAUUUUGCGUGUAAAGCCCUAACCCUGGGAAGAACAUUUAUGCGGCGCUUUAUGGUAGCCCUUACUUCAGGGUUACGCAAGCCUAUUCGCAGAGUGCGAGUAUCAAUAGGUCCAAAACUUGAUCUACUUAUGUGGCUAGAAUUUUUCGAGCACUUUAAUGGCGUUUCACCUUUUUGUCACCUUAACUGCAACACCAAUGACAGUAUCGAAUUGUAUACCGAUGCUGCAGGUUCAAUCAUCCAAGUCAUAAAGUGACAUUUUACUCCAGGGCCUGUUCACAUGUGACAAGCGUGUCAAGUGUCAUGGUCAAGCACCAUGACUUUUGCACAUACGCUAAGGGUACAAUGCCUUGGUCAGUAUUAUUGGUAAGCAUGCCACUUUUACUUUCUUUACAUGUUUUAGAAUUUUAAGAAUUGCAUUGCUUGAACUGUUAUCAUUGAAUAUGUUCUGAUCAAUUGUGA